CAAAAUUGACUUCUUUUUUCUUUUUCUUUUUCCUUUUGUCCCUGGCCUUUACAAAAUUACCUUGUCUUUUCCCCAACUUUUUUUUAUUUUUACUAGACAAAUGUCUUUGUUGUAAUCUCAUGGGUGGCGCUUUCGACCAACAAGCAGAAGAUAGAGAAGGAACCGAACGCAGAAACCCUCCCACUCCGCACCACCAACUCAAGUUUUGCCUGCCCCUGCCAAAGCCCAGAGCGCUCCAUAUCUCCACCUCUCCAUCUCCUCUCAGCCUCCUGGUCUUGAAGUUCUUCCGGAAGCUGCAUUCCUGGGCUCGCUUAUCAAGUGGGUCGCGCUCGAGGAGGCUUGGCUACAAUGGCAUGGUAGUGAACAACUUCGUGUUUCAUGCUUCUCCUGGUCUUGUCGAAGCAGAGGCAGAGGCAGAAGAAGAAGAGGGUCCUGAAAUGGAGGGUUCGAGUGUCAAGAGCGAAGGCACUGAGGGAAGGAGAGAUGGGUUUUGCGGGAAAGUUGGUGAAGUUGGGAUCUUUGCGGAUUUGAUCGAGGAAGAGAGGCGGGAGAGCAGCUCAAGCUCUGCUUUUUUGACAUCGGAAGCGACGGGGGAUGAAGAGCAGAGUCAGAACAGCUCCGAGGUGUCGUACUCGCCGCCUCCUGUACUGCAUUGGUCGGUGGACAAAGCUCCGGCGUCGGACUGUGCCAGUGAGAAUGGCGUCGUGGAAGAUGCGGAGAAAUUCCAUUCCAGUGACAAAAAGUUGGAGAAACACGGCUCUGCAAUUUCAGAGGUUGAGAUGAUGAAGGAAAGAUUCUCAAAAUUGCUCCUUGGAGAGGACAUGUCGGGUUCCGGAAAUGGGGUCUGCACGGCAUUGGCCAUAUCAAAUGCCAUUACUAAUCUUUGUGCCACCCUGUUUGGGCAACUUUGGAGGUUAGAACCUAUUCCUCCGGAGAAGAAAGCGAUGUGGCGAAGAGAGAUGGAAUGGCUUCUUUGUGUUAGUGAUCACAUUGUUGAGUUCACUCCGACGUGGCAGACAUUCCCGGAUGGAAGCAAGCUUGAGGUCAUGACAUGCAGACCAAGGUCCGAUCUUUAUAUGAAUCUCCCGGCUCUCCGAAAGCUAGACAAUAUGCUUCUUGAAAUAUUAGACAGCUUUGAAGACACAGAGUUUUGGUACGUGGAUCAAGGGAUUUUGGCGUUGGAGGCUGAUGGAUCAGCCUCUUUCCGACGAGCCCUUCAGCGCCAAGAGGAAAAAUGGUGGCUUCCCGUGCCUCGAGUCCAUGCUGGAGGUCUCAGUGAAGAUUCUCGAAAGCAUUUACAACACAAACGCGAUUGCACCAACCAGAUAUUAAAAGCUGCCAUGGCAAUCAAUAGCGUUGCCUUAGCUGAUAUGGAAGUCCCUGAUUCAUACUUGGAAACUCUUCCUAAGAAUGGACGAGCGUGCUUAGGUGAUAUUAUAUAUCGCUACAUUACCUCGGAUCAGUUUUCUCCUGAAUGUCUACUAGAUUGCCUGGACCUUACAUCUGAACACCAAGCUAUAGAAAUUGCCAACCGUGUUGAGGCCUCAAUAUAUGUUUGGCGUAAGAGAACUCAUUCAAAACCUUUCAAUAGCACUAGCAGAUCUAAUUCGAAGUCAUCAUGGGGAUUGGUAAAGGAGCUUAUGGUCGAUGCAGAAAAGAGAGAAUUUCUUGCAGACAGAGCAGAAAGCCUCCUGCUGUGCUUGAGGCAAUGGUUCCCUGGCUUGCCUCAGACCACCUUGGACAUGAGCAAGAUUCAAUACAACAAGGAUGUGGGCAAAUCCAUUCUGGAGAGCUAUUCGAGAGUACUAGAAAGCUUGGCAUUCAACAUUGUGGCUCGCAUUGAUGAUUUACUCUAUGUAGACGACUUGACAAAGCACUCCGACAAUGUCCCUUCAAUCUCCAAGGUAAGUUUGAUUGCGCACAAGAGCAUUCCGAUCCCAUACACUGUGCCCCUCUCGGGCACUCCUUAUAAGUCGGCUUUCUCCACACCAAGCUUCUCUCCGGCACGUCUCUUCAGCCCCAUGAGGGGCGAGAGAUCUCCUUUCAUUGCCAGCGGCAAGCUUCAGCAACGUGGGUUAGGUGAAAAAAAGGCUUUGACAGAUUAUAUUGCCAUGGACACAAAAGGAAAGGACUCUGGCAAGCCAAAUGAGGAGGCAGAUGCAUUGUCGAAUGUCGGCAUCAAAGCAUCUGCAUCUCCAAGUGGUGUAAUCCCCGAUUAUGACAAAGGUAAGCUCCGCGUGAGGGAAGAUUUACAUGCCAAAUAAGGAACAACCAAGAGGGCUUCUCAAUUUGAUUUGCCACUGUCAGUGCUCUGAACUAUUCCCUCCUGUACUAGAUGUAUACAUAUACAGGUCCUAGGUUUGUUUAGAUCAUGCUGUUACUUGUGACAUCUUUUGUAUAAGCUGAGGCCUGACUGCUCAUGCUACUACAUUGUACCUUAAAGGCCAUCUGGGGAUUGUAAUUACAAAUCUCCAUCGCGACAGCAAUUCCCUUGAGAUUGAGUUGCAUAUGGUGCAAUGCAUAUAGAAUUGCAGAGCCUCUUCUUUAAGGACUGGCAUGCAAUUUACUGCUUUACGGGUAGAUGAGUUGAAA